GGAAACUGUCUCCUCCCGUUUCAGUGUCUCUUUUUCUUCUCCUGUGCAUCGAAUUCUAACGAUACGCAGAUGAGCUGGUCCUCCAUUGCGCCGUCUUAGGGCCUCGCACGGAACAGACAAACAAACUCAUCAAAUACCUUAUCCACGCCUGUCCCGGUGCUCUCGAGUACAGGUCAAGCACCGGCGAGACGCCUCUUCAAGUGGCAUUCGCCUAUGGUCGCACCGAAUUCGCCAAGACGCUCAUCGAGGGAGGUGCUGACCAGUCUGCGCGCAGCGCCGGGGGAGACAACAUCAUCCACGCGGCUCUGACAUACUCGCCGACAGCGGAUCUGCUCAAGCCCAUGCUGGAUCUACUGGAUCCGGACCUGAGACGCUACCUUCUCUCGCAGCGAAACAAUCUGUCCGAGGGCGGCACCACGCCCGUCCAUUAUUGGGGGCUGCGGCAGCAGCCCGGGCAGCCGUCCUUUGUCCCAUAUGGCUUGGGCCGCUAUCUCCCAACCAUCAGCGCCGAAGACACCCAAGAGAAGAAGCUUGCUGUCCUCAAACUUCUACUUGGGUACUCUGGCGGGGCAGAACUCGGCAUGCUCAACGGAGCGGGCGAGACUCUGCUACAUUCCGCCGUGAUGGGCUCAGACGUCGACAUGGUGGAAGGUCUUUUGCGGUUCAACCCGGAGCUUCUCUAUCGCGAGAACGCCGUCGGCCGGACGCCAGCCGAGGUCGCCCGUGGGCAGCUCAUGGCCUUCACGUUUAAGCAGCCGGACGACAUCAUCGUGCGCCGCGGUCGCUGGGAACAGGGCGCAUCUGGUCUCCUAAACGUCGACCCCGCGGAAUUUCUCGAGGCGACGAAGCAGGGACGCACCGUACCUCCAUUGACUGCUGACGGGGGAGAGCAAGAGGCACAGAAGCGCCGGCGCGUGUGGGAUGUUGUGGCGGGUUACAUGGCUCGAUAUCCCGGCCAGCGAAGGCUGGUGUCGCUGGGCGAAGCCAACGACGUGGCGAAGAGGCUGAGCGAGAAGUUCGGGUUCGGUUCGAACCACGUCCACGGCGCGAAGGCUCAAGAGGAAGACGACGGGGAGAAUGAGGGAGAGGACAAGCAGGAUAAGGAGGACCGCAUGGAUGCGCUCAAUUUUGUGACGCGUGUGCGGAGUAGCAAAAUUUUGGAGGCCUGGAGGCCGUGAAAGAGCGGACAGUAGGUGUCUACCUUAUAAUGAUCUAUGUACAUGUCUAUC